CUUCCCUAUAGAUGGUAUGGCUAUCUGACUUCCGCCAAUGAAAUUUCUGCUGUUUAGGCUUCUCAAAAAACACACAUGAUACCCAUGCAAAAGUUUCAGACUUUUAGCACAUUUGCUGGUUGGCUGAGCAAUAUCUUAUGAAUGUAAACUCCAGUUGGCAUACUUAAUUAAGUGAUUAAAUUUAAGUCAACAGAUCUCAAAACAAUAAUACUCAAUAUUUUAUUUGGAAGGUGCCUAAAAGCAAUAUCUUUAUUCUUUUUGACUAAAGCAUGAACUCUUCUAAUAGAUGAAAACUGUAUUUCUCUCUCUCUCCCCCCGCCUCCCCCCCCCCCAAAAUCUCUAUCUCUAUGAUGAAAAUUGGCAUCCCAGAGCCCAAAAAUUGUGCUUAAAAGAAAUUGCAGUAGUAACUGUACAUUUCCUUUCCUCAUCCUCAAAUUGGCCUUUAGCAGUGUUGUAUAUAUGUCGUCAACAGCCUCUUCUUCUUCAACUCCUCGUCGAUGGAAGUAUGAUGUUUUUCUUAGUUUCAGAGGAGAAGAUACCCGCUUGAAUUUUGUGGACCAUCUGUAUGCUGCAUUAGGUCAGAAAGGAAUUGUCACCUUUAGAGAUGACAAAAGUCUUGAGAGAGGAAAAUCCAUUUCGUCAGAACUUCUUAAAGCAAUUGAGGAGUCAAAAUUUGCUCUCGUCAUUCUUUCACCAAACUAUGCCUCUUCUUCAUGGUGCUUAGAUGAGCUUUUGAAAAUUAUUCAAUGCAGAGAAGAAAUGGGGCAACAAGUCAUGCCAGUGUUCUACCAAGUGGAUCCAUCUCAUGUGCGGAAGAACAAGGGAUAUUUUUUGCAGGCCUUUACAGAACACGAAGAAGUUCAUUGGGAGAACAGGGAUAAAGUAAGGAAGUGGAGGGCUGCUUUGACAGGCGUGGCCAAUCUUUCUGGGUGGGAUUUGAGGAACAUGCAUGAGGCAAAAGCUAUCAGGAGUAUUGUUAAAGAUAUACUAAAUAAAUCACAGUAUUCAUCUACAAGCGUUUACAAGGGCAUGGUAGGAAUGGAUGUCCGUGUUGAUGAUUUACUGAGAAAUCACAUUCGUCCACAUUUUGAUGACGUGCGCAUGAUAGGGAUCCAUGGAAUGCGGGGAAUAGGUAAGACGGCAAUUGCCCGAGCUCUUUAUGAUCAACUUCGUCAAGAUUUUGACAGUAGCUGUGAGCCUUCCAAUGUUAGAGAAGUGUUUAGCAAAGGUGGUAUAUAUCCUUCACAGUAUGAAAUUAGUGACUGUUUUGACCAUUGCUGCUUUCUUUCCAACGUUAGAGAAAUCUCUAAAAAAGAUGGUCUAGUUUCUCUGCAAGAAAAACUUCUUUCCAGAGUCUUGAGGGCAACAAUUAGGAACAUAGAGGAUGAAUAUGCUGGAGCUAAUAUGAUACAAAGACGAUUAGGUAAAUUAAGGGUGCUGGUUGUUAUUGAUGAUGUGGAUCAAGUGGCACAAUUAGAAUGUUUGGCUGGAAAUCAUGACUGGUUCGGUCCGGGAAGUAGAAUUAUCAUAACCAGCGCUGAUGUUCAUUUGCUGAAUUGUGUGGAUACUCUAUACGAGGCUGCUGUGUUAACCCAUGAUGAAGCUCUUCAACUUUUGAGUUUAAAGGCUUUUAAGAAAAACCCCCCGCCUGAAGAUUACUUGGAGCUAUGCAACAAUAUUUUAGGGUAUGCUCAUGGGCUUCCAUUAGCUCUUGUGGUUAUAGGUCCAUUUCUAUGUGGUAGAUUGAUCAAUGAAUGGAAGAGUGCAAUCGAUAGGCUCAGGAAUAAACCAGAAACUAGCAUCAUUGAUGUGCUUCAGAUAAGUUUUGAUGGGCUAAGGGAAACAGAAAAAGAAUUUUUCCUACAUGUCGCUUGCUUUUAUGUGGGGAAGGAUAGGGAUCGUGUAUCAGAAAUACUAGAUUAUUGUCAGCUUUACCCUGACAUUGGUUUAAGUGUUCUUGCUGAUAAAUCUCUCAUUACUAUUUCCAACAACAAACUAUCGAUGCAUGCUUUGCUACAAGAAAUGGGCUGGGAGAUAGUUCGUAGGGAGUCGCCCAAACCAGGCAAGCGUAGUAGAUUAUGGUCUCAUGAAGACAUCCACAAUAUGCUGAAAAAAAAUGAGGCAACAGAAGCAGUUCAAGGCAUGGUAAUGGACUUGCCUAAACUAGAAGUGGCUAAUUGGAACCCCGAAGCCUUCUCAAAGUUGUCUGAGCUUAACUUUCUCCAAAUCCGUAAUGUUGAACUUCCCAAUGGCCUCACUUACCUUUCUAAUUCCUUGAGACUCCUCGAAUGGAGUGGGUACCCCUUAAGAUCUCUGCCACAAAAUUUUGAAGCAGAUGAACUCAUUGAACUUAAUUUGUGCCACAGCAAAAUUGAACAUCUUUGGGAGGGAACAAAGUGUUUUGACAAGUUGAAGUUCAUCAAACUCUGCCAUUCUCAGAACAUUUUCCAGACCCCAGACCUCACAGGCGCUUGCAGUCUUGAGUGUCUAGAUCUUGAAGGAUGUAAGAACUUGGUAAAAAUCCAUCCAUCCAUUGCAGUUCUCAAAAAGCUUAUUGUCCUGAAUCUUAAAGACUGUGGGAGUCUGGAGAGUCUACUAGAUAGAAUUGAAAUGGAGUCUCUUAAAACUCUUAUUCUUUCUGGGUGUUCCAAUAUCAAGAAGAUUCCUGAGUUUAGCAGAAAUAUGGAGUGUUUGUCAGAGCUGUAUCUAGAUAGGACUGCCAUUGAAAAACUGCCUGACUCAAUCCAGUACCUAUGUGGCCUGUCUUUCUUGGAUCUAAGCAACUGCAAGAAUCUUUUUUGUCUCCCAAGUACCAUUAAUAGAUUGACAAGUCUUCAAAAUAUUAAUCUUUCAGGAUGCCAGAAGCUAGGGGGACUGGAUAAAAGUGCGCGGGAGUUGGAUUUUUUGCCGGCAAAUGUUGCAACUAUAACUCCUGUAACAGAAUUACCAUCAUCGGUCUUCAGCAUUUCAGAUCUUGUUAAAGAUUCAAGUUCUCGUGGAUGUGAAGUUGUUCAUGAAUCAUCAUUCGAGUUUUUGCCUUCUGGAUUGAUGCAAACAGUGUACGAAGAGCCAAUGAGUUUCCGGUUGUCUUUAUCUGGUCUGGGUAAUUUAACAGAUCUGAACAUAAGUGACUGCAAUCUUGAUGAUAGAGCAUUUGUCAACAACUUUGGCUGGUUGCCCUGUUUAGUGGCAUUAAAUCUGAGUGGAAAUGAUUUUGUUAAGCUUCCUCCAACCAUCAGAUGGCUUGAUAAGCUUGAGAACGUCAACUUGGAGAACUGCAAAAGACUUGAAGACUUGUCAAAUCUUCCAUCAAAUAGGAAGUUGGAUGUAAGAGCUAGUGGUUGCUCUUCAUUGAGAAUUUUGUUUGACAUAUCCAAUUACAACAGACUGGAGGAAUCAUAUUUCAGUUUCAUCAACUGCUUUAAGCUAAAUGAAGACCGAGGCUGCAGUAAUAUAGCAUUUGAAAUGCUGAAGAUAGUCCUUCAUCAGGCUAUUUACACCACGAAGGAAACAUUUCAAAUUGUAUUUCCUGGAAGUGAAAUUCCUCGGUGGUUCAGACAUCGAAGUCUUAGUGGUUCAUUGGGUGUAUACAUACUACCUCCACGUCCAUAUUCCAGUAGGUUUAUGGGAUUUGCCUUGUGUGCUGUUUUUGUAAUCAAUGAUGAGCGCCAUCAGGUUGAUGAACUUGGCAUCCAUCACUUCAAGACUUUUAAAGCUACGCAUAAUCUAGUCUGUUACCUGAAACUCAAUGGAAAAGAACUAGAAGUAUGUGGCAGACAGCCGGCUUUUCGGUUUAGUGAAGAAUUUUGCCAGGUUGAGUCUGAUCACCGUUGGGUAUUCUAUGUAUCCUCGGAUAAAUAUUUCGGUAUUGAAGAGCAUGACAGAUGCUCUCAGAUUGAACUGUUAUUUGAAGCCAGAGGGCGAGGUUUGAAGGUGAAGGCGUGCGGGCUCCGUUUGAUAUUUGAACAAGAUGUGCACGAGUUGAUGAAGGGAUGUAGACACACACAAGCUUACGGACGGCACGGAUACGUACGGAGAUAUGGAUGUAAUUGUUGGGAGGAUGGCUAUUUAUAUUCUUUUUUUUUGAAAUAGGCUAUAGCUUAGAAUUGUACUCUCCACUGAUAGUCUAAUUAUGGCUAUUUAUAUUCUAUAAAAGUUGCUGUGUGUCCGGAACAGGACUUUUUGUUCACCGACCUCGACCCAGAAAGAAACAUGUCAUGAUGCUGUGAGUUGGUAACAAGACGCUGUCGUUUGCUUUUCUUUA